AUGGAUGCUGGGCUUGAGGCGCUAACUGCCGACUCUGCGGGUGAGCCCGCUGGGACUGCAGGCUCAGACUCCCCGUCUGAGCUCUACACCAUGUUGUGUGCUGUUACAAAAGAAGAACAGGGGGUAAAUGACGCCCUUUCCAGCUGUCGCUCUGCCUGCGAGAAGCUGCGUUCACAGAUUGUCGAAGAAGAGGCAAAAACUGCGAUGAAGCGUGACCGCCUGCCAAGUCUCUGUGAUUCAAUCGAGGUGGAGCAGACGAACAAGCUGACUUGGGAGGCUUGCAUGCGUGGUGUCGCCACCGUCUUGGCGGAUGCUAAACUCAGCAUGGACAAGGCGGAGCAAAAUCUGGAGGCGAUAUGCGCCGGUGAUGGUAUAGGGUUGUCUGAAUGGACCCAUAUUUAUGGGUCUGACCACACAAGUGGCUCUGAAGCUCUCUUUGCAACACCUUCAGAGGUCUUCUGUUUGCUGUCCUCGCUUCGAAAAAAGACAUCAAAUGUGUGCGCCAUGAUGAAGUUUCAACAGGAAAAUGAGGAAAAAUAUUCAAACUCCAAUAAAUGCGGCGGGGUUGAAUGUUUUACCGCUUCCCCGUGUGCGUCUUCGCGAUUAUCGGAGACCGAUGCUGCGGUGGGGUGUACGGAUGGAUCAGAUGCUGCGACCAUUGUUGUGGUUGGCGGGGUUUGUUCAUCACAGAGGCGUCGGCUGCAUUUUGAUGAUGAUUGCCUAGAAAAGGUGACACAGGUGCGUACUGAACCCGCGUGUGGAAUCCAAAGAAUACACCAGAAAACAUAUGCGAGAGUAGGUUCGACGGCGUUGCCUAACGUUGGUGAGGCAACAACUCCUAACGGGUUGUUGGUUUCAACGACACGCGUCCUGUGGUCCUCUGCUGGUCGCCAUGGCAGGCCGAACGUUACCAAGUGGGUGUAUUAUAACCCUAAACACUCGUCUUGA